AUGGCGUCCACGUUUGGCACUUCUUCUAUUGCCCUUCUCCGUUCAUCACUCCACUCUUCCCAAUCCCUUCCCACUGAUUCGUUCUCCCAAACCUCAUCAGUGCAGAUAUUUGGACCCAAGUUUUGCGGAGGAAUUGGGAUUCAUGUCGUCAAGGGCAGGUAUGGGUUCCCGGUUGCGAGUGCUGUUGCUGCUCAAGUUAACGCUUCAGACCAGGCUCGGAAAUUCGCUUUUACCGAGAGCCAGAGGCCAGUGUACCCAUUUUCUGCUAUAGUGGGACAGGACGAGAUGAAGCUUUGCCUGCUCCUAAAUGUGAUUGAUCCCAAGAUUGGAGGUGUAAUGAUCAUGGGCGACAGGGGAACAGGGAAAUCUACAACUGUUCGAUCACUGAUUGAUUUGCUUCCUGAAAUCAAGGUUGUUGCUGGUGACCCAUAUAAUUCAGACCCCGAAGAUCCAGAAUUCAUGAGUGUUGAUGUGAGAGCGCGUGUGUUGAAAGGAGAGCAGCUCCAGAUUGUCUUCUCCAAAAUUAACAUGGUGGAUUUGCCAUUAGGAGCUACAGAGGAUAGAGUCUGUGGGACAAUUGACAUUGAGAAGGCCCUAACUGAGGGCGUAAAGGCCUUUGAACCAGGCCUUCUAGCUAAAGCUAAUAGGGGAAUUCUGUACGUUGAUGAAGUUAACCUUUUGGAUGAUCACUUAGUUGAUGUAUUGUUGGAUUCUGCUGCAUCAGGUUGGAACACGGUUGAGAGAGAGGGCAUUUCAGUCUCACAUCCCGCUAGGUUUAUCCUAAUUGGUUCAGGAAACCCUGAAGAAGGAGAACUCAGGCCACAGCUGCUGGACAGGUUUGGAAUGCAUGCUCAAGUAGGGACUGUUAGGGAUGCUGAGCUAAGAGUGAAGAUUGUGGAGGAGAGAGCUAGUUUUGACAAAAACCCAAAAGGAUUCCGACAUUCUUACAAGGCAGAGCAGGAAAAGCUCCAGCAACAAAUUGCCUCUGCAAGGGGUUUUCUUCCUUCUGUUCAAAUUGAUCACGAUCUCAAGGUGAAAAUCUCCAAGGUUUGUGCAGAAUUGAAUGUGGAUGGAUUAAGAGGAGACAUAGUGAUAAACAGAGCUGCAAAAGCUCUUGCUGCCCUCAAGGGGAAAGUCAAAGUAAGUGCAGAGGAUAUUGCUAAUGUCAUCCCUAACUGUCUGAGGCAUCGUCUUCGAAAGGAUCCCUUGGAAUCGAUAGAUUCAGGUUUACUUGUACUGGAAAAAUUUUAUGAAGUUUUCCGCCGAACAUGA